CUCUUCCUCCACGCAUUCCCUGAUCUCUUUCCAUCCUCGGCUCCGCUCCCGCCCCUCCGGGACAGCCUCUCUUCUCUUUCCUAAUCUGCUGCCUGCGGAGCCCGAGCCUGCCCCGGCCCAGGUGGGACACAGAACUUCUGCUCCAGGAUGUUGACGAACUUGCUGUCCCUGCUGCUGCUGCUGCUGCUGCUGCCUGGCUGCGCCUUUUGUAACCAGGAAGAUGGCUCCCAAGGCCUGCAUAUGCUCCAGAUCUCCUACUUCCGAGACCCCGAACACGUGAGACAUCAGGGCAACGCCUCCCUGGGGAAACUCCUGACACACACACUGGAAGGCACGGCCAACAAUGUCACCAUCCUCCAGCUGCAACCCUGGCAGGAUCCCGAGAGCUGGAAUAACACAGAGAAGGGGCUGCAGCUCUACCUGUCUCAAUUCCACAGCCUGGUGCAGCUGGUGUAUCGCGAGCGCAAGAGCAGCGUAGUCUUUCCCCUCACAGUCACUUGCUCCCUGGGCUGCGAGCUGCCAGAGGAAAACUCUGAAGCCCAAGUCUUCUUCGAUGUGGCCGUGAAUGGGAACCCCUUUGUAAGCUUCCAGCCAAAAGACGCCCUGUGGGUGUCAAGCUCCAAGGAGUCCUCCGAAGCAAUCACCUUCACCCUGAAGCAGCUUAACGCCUACAAUCGAACUCGGUACGAACUGCAGGAAUUUCUUCAGGACACGUGUGUGCGAUAUGUGGAGAACCAUAUCAACACACAAAACAUGAAAGGAAGCCAAACAGGCCGCUCUUACACAUCACUUGUCCUGGGCAUCCUGGUGGGCUGUUUCAUAAUUGCUGGUGUGGCUGUGGGCAUCUUCCUGUGCACAGGUGGACGGCGCUGCUGAUCACUAUCCAGUCCCCUCGGAGAAAGAGGUGGACUGAUGGGGGGCUGGUAAGGGAAGGUCACAUCUCAUAUGAAGCCAAACAGACUCCCCCAGUGGGUCACCGCAUCUCAGGAGGUUUAGAGCAACAACUCCCCUUUUCUCCCGCAUCUGCAAACCAGGAGUUUGAGGAAGGGAUGUAAGGAGGGUUUGAAGAUGAAGCAACUUGAGAGCGUGCAUGCUUUAAGUGGUCUGAGAAGGGGUGCCUAGCUGUGGAAAUCAGACGAUAGACUUGGGGUGUCCGUGACCGCUCUGCAAAGGCAGAUUCACUAUAGGCAGACCAAACAUCUAAAUAAAUAAAAUGAGGCGCCUGUAACCACAUUUAAUGUGUCCAGGUGUGUCCAACUUGGGAAGGGACACUGGUCUGAAAGAACCAGGGAAGUGUCAUAAUUGUAAGAUCAAACAAUAUGGGAGAAUGAGUUAAUAGCUAAUUAAAUAUUAAACUUCUUAUUUAUGUAAAAG